AUGAAGACAAUGCUAAAGUCCCAAGAGCUAUUGGAUUUAGUGGAUAAUGGGUAUGCAAAACCAAACCCGGCACCAGCAGAACCAGAUCAACAAUUACGAGAAACUCGAAAGAAGGAUGCAAAGGCUUUAUUCUUCAUCCAAUCAGCAUUGGAUGAUGAGUUUUUUCCACGUAUUGUAGAAGCAACAACAUCGAACCAGGCAUGGGCAAUUCUGAAACAAGAAUUUUUUGGUGAUCGAAAAGUCAUCAAUGUCAAACUACAAUCUGUUCGUCGUGAAUUCAAGACCUUGGGCAUGAAAGAGAAGGAAAAAGUGCAAGUUUUUCUUUCGAGAGUGUCUGAAAUUGUCAGCCACAUGUGGUCAUACGGUGAAAAUGUUAGCAAUGAAACCAUAGUCAGUAAAGUUUUAAGGAGUUUGACCAAGGAUUUCAAUCAUGUUGUGGCUACAAUCAAGGAAACAAAGGUCCUGUCCACUUAUACUUUUGAUGAACUAAUGAGUUCUUUCAUAGCUCAUGAAGAUAGGAUGAACAGGUGUUGUGAGAAAGUCGAUGAGAAAGCGUUUCAAGCAACUGGGGAUCAAAAUAAACGAAGUGCAGAAAUUUCACGUGGUUGUGGACAAGGAAGAGGUGGAGUUCGUGGUCGUGGCAAAGGAAGAGUUUAG